AAGACGCUCUGCUGCCGCAAACGGGAGGCAGGCCGGUGUUUUUCCACAACUGAUGUCUAAUGGUCACCCAUGUUGAGAGACAAAGGUCAGAAAAAAAAGCUCAUAAACUAAAUGUACCGCUGCCGCUGUUAUUCAGCACCCAGUCGCCGCACAAUACAGAAGGAACAAGACCGUUUCAAAGGAAUUAAAGGACAAAAACAGUAAAGCAUGGCUCAGAAGGAGAAACUCCAGUGUCUAAAGGACUUCCACAAAGACAUUCUGAAACCCUCCCCAGGAAAGAGCCCUGGCACAAGGCCGGAGGAUGAAGCCGAGGGAAAACACCCCCAAAGGGAAAAGUGGGCUAGCAAGCUUGACUUUCUUCUGUCAGUCGCCGGGGGCUUUGUUGGUUUAGGCAACGUUUGGCGGUUCCCGUACCUCUGCUACAAGAAUGGCGGAGGUGCUUUUCUCAUCCCAUACUUCAUUUUCCUGUUCGGCGGAGGACUGCCUGUGUUCUUCCUGGAGGUGGCGCUCGGUCAGUUCACCUCUGAGGGAGGAAUCACCUGUUGGGAGAAACUUUGCCCCAUAUUUACAGGUAUCGGCUAUGCGUCCAUCGUGAUUGUUUCUCUGCUGAACAUCUACUACAUUGUGAUUCUGGCCUGGGGCUUGUACUACCUGUUCCAGUGCUUUCAGCCAGAGCUCCCCUGGGCAAGCUGCAACAACAAAUGGAACACAGAAAACUGCGUGGAGGAUACCCUCCGCAAGAACAAGACACUCUGGGGGGCUGCAAAUGCCACUAACUUCACUUCUCCCGUCACCGAGUUCUGGGAGCGAAAUGUCCUCAGCAUCUCUGAUGGUAUCGAGGAUGUGGGUCAUAUUAAAUGGGACCUGGCUCUGUGUCUGCUCGCUGUGUGGGUCAUCUGUUUCUUCUGUAUCUGGAAAGGUGUUAAGUCCACUGGGAAGGUUGUGUACGUCACGGCAACAUUCCCAUUUGUCAUGUUAAUUGUUCUGCUUGUACGGGGAGUCACUCUUCCUGGGGCAGCCGAAGGCAUCAAAUUUUAUCUGUACCCAAAUGUGACUCGCCUCAGAGACCCAGAGGUGUGGAUCGAUGCAGGGACACAGAUUUUCUUCUCCUACGCCAUCUGUCUUGGAGCCAUGACAUCACUGGGAAGCUACAACAAGUACAAAUACAACUGCUACAGGGACUGUUUGCUGCUGGGAGGCCUGAACAGCGCUACCAGUUUUGUGUCUGGCUUCGCAAUAUUUUCCGUCCUGGGCUUCAUGGCACAAGAGCAAGGGGUGGACAUAGCCGAUGUGGCAGAGUCAGGUCCUGGAUUGGCCUUCAUUGCUUACCCUAAAGCUGUGUCUAUGAUGCCACUGCCUACGUUUUGGGCCAUUCUUUUCUUCAUCAUGCUUCUGCUGUUGGGCCUCGACAGUCAGUUUGUCGAAGUGGAAGGGCAGAUCACAUCCCUAGUGGAUCUGUAUCCAUCCUUCCUACGGAAGGGUUAUCGGCGUGAAAUCUUCAUAGCUAUAGUCUGUUUUGUGAGCUACCUGUUGGGACUUACCAUGGUCACCGAGGGUGGCAUGUAUGUGUUUCAACUCUUUGACUACUAUGCAGCCAGUGGCGUGUGCCUUUUAUGGGUUGCAUUCUUUGAAUGUAUUGCUGUAGCCUGGGUUUAUGGUGCUGAUAAUUUCUAUGAUGCGAUUGAGGAGAUGAUUGGUUACAGACCAAAUCCCUGGAUGAAGUGGAGUUGGACUGUAGUCACACCUUUUCUGUGUGUGGGAUGUUUUGUCUUCUCAUUGGUCAAGUAUACCCCCUUGAGAUACAACAAAGUCUACGAGUACCCAGAUUGGUCCAUUGGAGUCGGCUGGACCCUCGCCCUCGCGUCCAUGAUCUGCAUACCUAUGGUGGUUGUGAUCAAAAUCAUUCAAUCAGAUGGACCCCUCAUCGAGAGGAUCAAAGCCGUGGCGGCACCCGUGAGGGGAGGGGCCAGUUCUUGCCCCCAAGAGUACCUGCCCAAGAGCAACGAGCUGGCGCAGCCCCUGGACCCCAACUGGAACGGAGGCUUGAUGAAGCCCACCCACACCAUCGUAGAAACUAUGAUGUGAACGCUCUCUGUGAGAGGAUUCAAAUGACCUGCUUUUCCAUUAUUUAUAUAUAUAUAUAUAUAUAUAUAUAUAUAUAUGUGAUUCUAUAUACAUAUAUUAAAAUAUACUCUGUAACUUUUGACAUAGUCGUAGGACCAGGUUUACAUUGCUACGCAUCUGCACUAGGAGUCCUUGUUUUGUUUUUGUUUAUUUUCUACAGAGGAAGUUACAUUUUUCUGUCUGUAUUUUAAAUAUUUUUUAUCAUAAUACUAUUAUAUUACUAUUAUUGUCGCUGUUAUUAGACAGAGAACAGAUCGCAACCAGCAGUAUCAUGACCGUAGAACCAUGCCCGUUCUAUUUUUGUAAUUUUUAUCUUGUACAUAUUGAAAUCAAACUGAGCUGUGCUUAUUUUUAGACAAGAAUCAUGGGGGGAUACAAUAUAUGAAAAAUACAAAGGGCUCCGUAAACAUGAUUCGUGAAAAGUAACGUUAGUGUACAAAGAUCUGAAAAAGCCACCCUCACCCUCGCCAACAGAGAAUAGUCGUCUUUUAGGGAUAACGGUCCUGGGGUGCGUUUCCGUACAACAACGUAACUGCACAACUACUAGUACUAUGCAUUGUUGAAGAAAUCAACUAGCCAGUCAUGACUGUUUGAGUCACGAAAUUUGUCGUUCAACCAUGUUGGUUAAUGAUGUCAUGCAUGUGGAGUAAUAACUUCUUUUAAUUAAUCUGUUUGAAUUCCAAUUAAUACCAUUAUUUUUUUUUUUGCUAUAAAUUACAGAAAUAGCAUCUAAGGACUAAUUCUCAUUUUCUCAGUUAUUUUGCUUUAGAACGUAAGAACGAUUGAAUCUUGAAUUAGAGCAUGUACGCACACGCACACUCUUCAACAAUGCAUUCUUUUGACAACCUAAAAGAUGUUAAUGACAUUUAUAUAUUCGAAAUAAAAGAUAUCGUCGUUCAAUUCACACAACUUGCGAUAUUUUUGCGAAUGUUCAUUGGAACUAUGGUUUAAAGAAACACUCAUUGAACAUGCUGAUAACGACAGAACUUGCAACAAUAGUUGGCUAACGAUGCUUUUGGGAAACGCACCCCUGGAUAGCUUUAAGUGUGUCCCAACAAACUGUUUAGACUUGAGAUUGUGCUGUCCGGAAGACAGCCCUGAUUGUUUUCAAUGCACUAGGACACUACAUUCUCCACAUUGGUGCACCCUUUUAAAAGGACAGUUUGCGCAUAAAAUGAAAAUUCACUCAUCGUUGACACCCUCAUUUCAUCCCAAAUCUGAAUGACUAUCAUUUUUCUGGGGAACACAAAAGAAGGAUGUUUCUCCAUAUAAUGAAAGUCAAUGAGAUCCAAAACACUGACUUUCAUUGUAUGGAAGAAAGAAGAAAAAAAAACAAAAACACUGAAAAACUUUUCAAAAUACCUUAUUGUAUAUUCUGUAGAAGAAAGUACGUCAUACAGGUUUGGAAUGACAAGAGUGUUAACGAUAAUUUUCAUUUUAUGCUUAAAGUAUCCCUUUAAGUCUAGCUGUUUUGUAAGUGUUCCUUUCUGAUGUCACAAGUUGUACUUCGGAAAUACGCAUCACACUAAUUCUUUAACAGUAUCUCUUCCCUCUUUUAAAGAUGUGUUCACAUUGAGCGAUGUGGUAGCAAAUACAAGAACAUGGGCGUCCAUUCUCUUUGUGCAAUUACCAAAAAACAAACAAACUUUUUUUUUUUUUUUUUUUUUUUUUUUUUUUUUUUAGAUUUUGCACUUAGUAUAUCAGUACGGAGUCCUGCACAUGACAUGCAGGAAAAAAUAUGUAUAGCGUGGACAUGAAUGAAUUUGUUCCCACAACUUACUAAUACAUCAGCACGUUUUACUUAUUCGUUCCCUCGUUUUAAGCUCAUGAUAUAAUAAUUCGCUCCCUUGUUUUACUAAAUUGUGUUCACACUGUAAUGAUUCGUUCCCUUGUUUUAGUUGAAUCUAGUUCAACGUGGCCACAGUUUAGUAAAACGAGGAACUGAAUUAAGUUGUGGGAAUGAAUUCUUAAUUUGUGGCCACAAUAUAUAUUUUUAAGUAAAUCGUGCACACAAUAUAAAUAUUCGCUUCCUUGUUUUACUAAAUUGUAGCUACGUUGAACUAAUUCAUUCCCUCGUUUUGAUUUAACUAAACGAAUUAGAUAGAUGGUGGCCACGAUUUACUAAAACAGGAGAAUGAAUUCUUAAUUCGUGGCCACGAUAUAGAUAUAUAUUAUAUAAAUACAUUUUUUUUUUUUUUUAUCUGCCUAUCAUGUGGGGUGCUCUGUAAAUCAGGGCCUGAUUUGAAGACAUAUCCACUGUGCUAUUCAUAAGUUGCCCUCAUUGAUUCUUAGGCACCAAAUGCGUCCUUAUUUUGAGGUGUCGAAAUGUGAAGCUGCCUGGCAAGAUUUUAAAACCAUGUAGAAUUCAGGGUAGUUUCUUACGUUUCCUUUUCAUUUAUAUCAAGUCUGUUUAUUUUUAUUUCCAAUCACAUUUGCCUUUUGUAUUCAAAAACAUCACUGCAUUCUGUUCAGCAUUUACCAAUAGAUCUCAUCCACAACUGUUAAUCAAUGAAAAAAGCUUGCUGCAAACUGUAAUGUGCAAUACUUUGUAGAAUGAUAUGCAUUGUUCCUGUCUUCUUCAGUUGGUACUUGGAGGUGUGGAAUUACAUAUGAUUUAUAAGCCGUUGUAAUAUGUCAGAAACAAUGAACAGGGGCCAAUUUAAGCUGCCGUGAAUGGUAUGCUGAAUUAACACCAAAAACUCAAUGCAGAUCUACUUACUGUGACAAUUUAUACUUUUUUUUUUUUUUAAAUUAGAAAGUAAAGCUUAAAUCUAAGGAUUAUGCCAAUGUUAUGGAUUAAAUUUAUUGGAUUUAAUUUUAUUUUUUAAUUUUGACUUGGCCAAGUUAAAAAAACUCUAGCCAAUCACAAAGGGAGAGGCUCAAUUGAUCUCAACAGCUUCUACAUUGGUACCUUUGGGAUACUUUCUUACAGAAGUGUAACUGCGAAUUAAAAUGUAAAUGUUGAAAGAGGCACAAUUCUUUAGCAAUACAGAGAUUAAUUUGCAGUCUCAGGGUGUGUUUCAAAAACAGAGACUGAUUUCCCGCUGUUGUACGUCUCUUUUAAACCCUUCCAUUUUUGAAGAAGAGCUAAAGGGGGCAGUGUUUGUAAAUGCAGGAAAACCUUUUUAAAGUAAUGAUUAGAAAUGUUUUAUUUUUUUAUUUUAAGGAUAUCUGUAAGUAAAAAAGCAAGUGUAUAUCAAUAAAAGAUUUUACAGUACCCAAAAAAAGAAAAAACUAAAGAAAAAUGGAAAAAAAGUUUUUAUCUCUUAAUAAACAUUUAUCUUUUAAAAACA